UUCCCGGAGGCGGCGGCGGCAGAGCGCGCGGAGCUGCAGCCAAACUGGCAGGCUGGCGGACAGGCAGCAACAGGACGGACUUUCUGGCUACUGACCAUUUAGCUGUGGCAUACCCGGAUUGUGUGUAGGUGGGACAUUGACAAUGAGCUCGGUUGCAGUUUUGACCCAGGAGAGCUUUGCAGAGCACCGCAGUGGGCUGACCCAGCAGCAGAUUAAAGUUGCUGCUUUAAAUUCGGAAGAUGAAAGUGACCCUCCAACUUAUAAAGAUGCCUUCCCUCCACUUCCUGAGAAGUCUGCUUGUUUGGAAGCAGCUCAGGAGCCUGCUGGGGCCUGGGGCAACAAGAUCCGACCCAUUAAAGCCUCCAUCAUCACUCAGGUGUUCCAUGUGCCCCUGGAGGAGAGGAAGUACAAGGACAUGAACCAGUUUGGGGAAGGGGAGCAAGCCAAGAUCUGCCUCGAGAUCAUGCAGAGGACCGGUGCUCACCUGGAGUUAUCCCUUGCCAAAGACCAAGGCCUCUCCAUCAUGGUCUUUGGAAAGCUGGAAGCGGUCAUGAAGGCUCGGAAGGACAUUGUUGCGAGGCUGCAGACACAGCCUUCAGCAACGGUGGCUAUUCCCAAAGAACAUCAUCGCUUUGUCAUUGGCAAGAAUGGUGAGAAACUACAGGACCUAGAGCUCAAAACUGCAACCAAGAUCCAGAUUCCUCAUCCAGAGGAUCCCAGCAACCAGAUCAAGAUCACUGGCACCAAGGAGGGCAUUGAGAAAGCUCGGAAUGAAGUCCUGCUGAUCUCAGCUGAGCAGGACAAGCGUGCAGUGGAGAGGCUUGACGUGGAGAAGGUCUUCCAUCCAUUCAUCGCAGGGCCCUACAACAAGCUGGUGGGCGAGAUUAUGCAGGAGACGGGCACUCGCAUCAACAUUCCACCACCCAGUGUGAACCGCACUGAGAUUGUCUUCACUGGAGAGAAGGAGCAGUUGGCGCAGGCUGUGGCCCGCAUCAAGAAGAUAUAUGAGGAGAAGAAAAAGAAGACCACCACCAUCGCAGUAGAGGUGAAGAAGUCUCAGCACAAGUAUGUCAUCGGGCCUAAGGGCAACUCCCUGCAGGAGAUUCUGGAGAGAACGGGAGUGUCAGUCGAGAUCCCCCCUACAGACAGCAGCUCAGAGACUGUGAUCCUGCGUGGCGAGCCUGAGAAGUUAGGGCAGGCACUUACCGAAGUCUACGCCAAGGCCAACAGUUUCACAGUCUCCUGUGUUUCUGCUCCAUCUUGGCUUCACCGUUUCAUCAUAGGCAAGAAAGGGCAGAACCUGGCCAGAAUCACUCAACAGAUGCCUAAGGUUCACAUAGAAUUUACUGAAGGAGAAGAUAAGAUCACACUGGAAGGACCCACUGAGGACGUGAAUGUGGCUCAAGAACAGAUCGAGGUCAUGGUCAAGGAUCUGAUUAACCGGAUGGAUUACGUUGAGAUUAACAUUGACCACAAGUUUCACAGACAUCUGAUUGGAAAGAAUGGUGCCAACAUAAAUAGAAUCAAAGAUCAGUACAAGGUCUCUGUGAGAAUCCCUCCUGAUAAUGAAAAAAGCAACUUGAUCCGAAUUGAGGGGGACCCUCAGGGCGUCCAGCAGGCCAAGAAAGAGCUGCUGGAACUCGCAUCCCGUAUGGAAAAUGAACGUACCAAGGACUUAAUCAUUGAGCAGAGAUUUCAUCGAACAAUCAUUGGGCAGAAAGGUGAACGAAUCCAUGAAAUUCGUGAUAAAUUCCCAGAGGUCAUCAUUAAUUUUCCAGACCCAGCCCAAAAAAGUGACAUCGUACAACUCAGAGGCCCCAAGAACGAGGUGGAGAAAUGCACCAAGUACAUGCAGAAGAUGGCGGCAGAUCUGGUUGAAAAUAGCUAUUCCAUUUCUGUUCCAAUCUUCAAGCAGUUCCACAAGAACAUCAUUGGGAAAGGUGGUGCCAACAUCAAAAAGAUACGUGAAGAAAGCAACACCAAGAUUGAUCUGCCAGCGGAAAACAGUAACUCGGAGACGAUUGUCAUCACAGGCAAGCGCUCCAAUUGUGAGGCUGCUCGAAGCCGGAUCCUUUCCAUUCAGAAAGACCUGGCCAACAUUACAGAAGUGAAGGUGUCCAUUCCAUCCAAGCUUCACAACUCCCUCAUUGGCACCAAAGGCCGCUUAAUCCGUUCCAUCAUGGAAGAGUGUGGGGGGGUGCACAUUCACUUUCCCACCGAAGGCUCGGGCAUCGACACCGUGGUCAUCAGGGGCCCGGCCCCAGAUAUGGAGAAAGCCAAAAGACAGUUGUUACACCUGGCGGAAGAGAAGCAAACCAAGAGCUAUACCGUGGAUCUCCGUGCCAAACCAGAGUACCACAAGUUCCUGAUUGGCAAAGGGGGUGGGAACAUCCGCAAAGUACGAGACAACACGGGAGCCUGAAUCAUUUUCCCUACAUCUGAAGACAAGGAUCAGGAGCUGAUAACGAUCAUUGGGACAGAGGAGGCUGUCAGAGAGGCUCAGAAGGAACUGGAGAUUCUCAUUAAAAAUCUGGAUAACGUGGUAGAAGACUGCAUGCUAGUGCAUGCUAGGCAUCACCGCCAUUUUGUCAUCCGAAGAGGCCAGGUCUUACGGGAGAUUGCUGAGGAGUAUGGUGGUGUGAUGGUCAGCUUCCCUCGUUCUGGUAGCCAGAGCGAUAAAGUCACACUCAAAGGAGCCAAAGACUGUGUGGAGGCCGCCAAGAAACGCAUCCAGGAGAUUAUCGAAGACUUGGAGGCCCAAGUGACAAUGGAGUGUGCCAUCCCCAUCAUGGGCCCCAAAGGUUCCCGAAUCCAGCAGAUCACUUGUGACUAUGGUGUCCAGAUUAAAUUUCCUGAUAGAGAGGAGAAACCAGCUCCCGCUGCUGAGCCAGCUGUUCAAGAAAAUGGGGAAGAAAUUGGGGAGGGGAAAUACAUCAAAGAGGCUGACCCUAGCUCCCCAAGAAAGUGUGACAUUAUCAUAAUUUCGGGUCGAAAAGAGAAGUGUGAGGCCGCUAAGGAAGCUCUUGAGGCGCUGGUUCCUGUCACCAUCAUGGUGGACGUGCCCUUUGAUCUCCAUCGCUACAUAAUUGGGCAGAAAGGAAGUGGGAUCCGCAAGAUGAUGGAUGAGUUUGAGGUGAAUAUCCAAGUCCCAGCACCUGAACUACAGUCUGACGUUAUUGCCAUCACUGGCCUCGUUGCCAACCUGGACCGGGCCAAGGCUGGCCUCCUGGAGCGGGUGAGGGAGCUGCAAGCUGAGCAGGAGGACCAGGCUUUGAGAAGCUUUAAGCUGAAUGUCACUGUAGAUCCCAAAUAUCACCCUAAAAUUAUUGGGAGAAAGGGGGCAGUGAUCACCCAGAUCCGUAUGGAACACGAAGUAAACAUCCAGUUUCCUGACAAGGAUGAUGAAAACCAGGUGCAGGACCAAAUUACUAUCACAGGGUACGAAAAGAAUACAGAGGCUGCUCGUGAUGCCAUCAUGAGGAUUGUUGGAGAACUGGAGCAGAUGGUCUCAGAGGAUGUCUCGCUGGACCAUCGCGUCCACGCCCGCAUUAUUGGAGCCCGAGGCAAGGCCAUCCGCAAAAUCAUGGAUGAGUUCAAAGUAGACAUCCGUUUCCCGCAGAGCGGAGCCCCCGACCCUAACUGUGUGACUGUGACCGGACUUCCUGAUAAUGUGGAGGAAGCCAUUGAUCACAUCCUCAACCUGGAGGAGGAAUACCUGGCUGAUGUGGUGGAGUCCGAGGCUCUGCAGGCGUACAUGAAGCCCCCUGCCCAUGAAGAGGCCAAGGCACCCUCUAAGGGCUUUGUGGUGAGGGACACCCCCUGGGCAGCAGGCAGCAGUGAGAAGGCUCCUGACAUGAGCAGCUCUGAAGAUUUCCCAAGCUUUGGGGCUCAGGUAGCCCCUAAGACUCUCCCUUGGGGCCCCAAACGAUAAUGAUCAGAACGGAGAAACCUCUCCAGCUGCCAACCUGAAACUACCCCACCACGAAUACUGUGUCUUAAUCUGACCCAGCGGCUGGAUCCUAUGUAAAUUGUGUGUCCCCUGCCCGCCCCCACCCCACCCCCACCCACCCCAAAGAGGUCUCCUAGUGAAGCCUGGAGUGCUGGGUCCUGCGUGCUGGCCUCAAUGU